UACGCCAUCAAUAUCAUCCGAGCACAACACUUAACUAAAGAAAACAAACUAUUUUUUCCUGACCUAUCAGAUUCGGUAUAAAUUAAGCUUGCGCUUGCAUAUCAAUGACGCUAAAUUAUGCCAUGCGAUGGUCUGAACCUCAACGAAUACUUAAACGUCAUAAAUUCCCUGUGAUUGCAAUCCACUUCGUCAUCGCUACAUUUUGACCUCUCCUCAAAAAGACUCGCAGUCGACCAGAGAAGCAUCUUCAUUACGUAAAAAUAUGGCCGAAAACGCUUCGAAGGAGCUACGCAAAACAGCGAAGAGUCCGUAUUGCUGGGACAUGAUGCGGUUACUCGACAAUGCCCGCAAAAAUGGUGAAUUGACAGAUGUUACUCUGCGUGUGGAAGGAGAAACAUUCCCCGCGCACCGAUGUGUUUUGGCAGCCAGUAGCCAGUUCUUUCACGGUUUAUUUACUAACGAUAUGAAAGAGAAAUCGGCGUCAAUCGUAACUAUCGAAGGUAUUCCUGUAACGGCGAUGGAUCAGCUCUUGUCCUACCUUUACACAGGAGAGGCUCAAAUUAGCGAGGCGAAUGUCGAUGAUCUGAUCGCGUCCGCGAACUACUUACUUCUUCCCCGUCUAAAAAACAUCGCUUGCAAGUUUAAGGAGCGGCAUAUGUCGGCCACAAAUUGCGUUGCUACUUUUCUAUAUGCUGAGAAAUACGAUUGUAAGGAAUUAAAAACAUACGCUGGCGAAUUAAUCAAGCAGAACUUCGCGACAGUCGGCAAGUCAAAGGAAUUCGUGCAAAUUUCCUGUGAUCAAAUGAAGGAUCUAAUUUCAGGCGAUGACAUAGUAAUUGGAACCGAAGAAGAAAUCUUUGAAAUCAUCCUAGAAUGGAUCGCUCAAAAUCAAGACGAGAAGGAGCGACAUUUUGCGAAGUUGUUCAGACUCGUUCGACUGAGCAGCAUAUCCGAGCAAUAUUUGUACACAAAGCUUAUGUGUCAUGAACUUGUGCAGGCAAAUAGCGAGUGCAGGCAAAUAUUAAUGGACGAAAUUCGCUGGCGUGCCUUGUACUCUGGACAAGAGAUCUCCAGACAAAAACCAAGGACUUGUCUUCAGACUCACGAAGAUGCAAUCAUCACAUGCGGUGGCCUUUCGCCUGAUGAACGUAUUCGAAACUUUACUGUGUGUUAUGUUCCGGCUACAAAAACCUGGUAUGAGUUGGCACCUAUGCUUUUGAGACGGUUUCGCCAUGGUUUCGCUUCCUGCCAGGGAUAUGUUUAUGCCAUCGGUGGUAAAGGAGAAGACUCGGUCUACAACAGCGUGGAACGUUAUGACCCGCGCACCAACUCAUGGGGCUUUGUAGCACCUCUGCCUCAGAGAGUGACGUUGAUGGGCGCUGCCACUUUACAAGGGCUGCUGUACGUCGCUGGCGGGAUUGCGUUCAGCAGUGAGCACGGGGGCAGGCGCUGUGACACCUCUCAGAGGUACAAUCCCUCCACAAACUCUUGGACUAUAGUUGCACCUCUAAAGAGACGCAAGUCCUCUGUUUGUCUGGUGUCAGACACUCACUAUUUAUAUUGCAUUGGUGGCCUGGCCGACGAUGGUUUCCUCUCUGAUGUGGAUCGUUAUGAUCCAAAGUUGAACGUAUGGACACAAAUGGCUCCUACAAGCGAACAGCGCGGGUGUGCUUGUGGUGUGUGCCUUGAAAAAAAGAUUUACAUCUUUGGAGGAACUGUUGACCCAUUUUCAUUAAAUGCCCUCGUAAGUUGCGAGGUUUAUGAUAUUACUUUGAAUGAGUGGCAAUCCAUCGCUCCUUUACAAGUUCCCAGAUUUCACGGAAGUGCGGUCCUUUUACGUGAUGAGGUUUACUUAUUUGGCGGAACCGGAAGUCAAAGCGUUGAUCGGCAGAAUUCUCGAAUAGUGGAGUGUUACGAUAUCAAAAAAAAUACCUGGCUCGAUGCUCAUUCCAUGCCAUAUAAUGAGACAUACUUCAGAGGUUGUCCAGUAAGCAUGUUUAAAGAUCUAUUGCAGUCUGUCAACAAAGUUACAACUCUUCCUCAAAGUAGUUAGGUAUGUUGAGUCCGUAUAAGAGUUAGCCUCGCGGGAUUUAAUGCAAAUUUCUGUCAACCAUAACAGUUAUUAUAACAUAACCAAAGUAAAGCGCGCGCUCUGAUUGGUCAAUUUAGCGUCCCCCAUUUGC